UCCAGGGCCGGGUAUCAUGGCGACGUACGUGGACAUUCUGAAGAGCGAGUUUCCUGAGAUCGACUCGGAGCUUUUCGACUACAUCACAGGGGUUUUGGACAGCGGAGCAGAUUUCGAGGAUGGCGAGGAGGUCUACGACGCCAUCGGCGGAGUCCUGCAGGACGUGUCGGCUGACAGUAAGAACGAGGACGACAUCAGAGACAUCUGCCUCCAGAUGUUCAACACCCUCAAACUGAACCACCAUCACGGCUCUCAGAAGCAGAUGAUAGUUACUGAUCCGUGUGUUUCCUCCUCUUCAGUUUGUGCAGCCAAAGAUGUUCAAGGCAUCUGGAUGAUGAAACGUCCUCAGAACACAACGGUCGACGCCAAGAAGUUGGAAAAAGCUGAAGCGAAGCUGAAAGCCAAACAUGAACGCAGGAACGAGAAGGACUCCCAGAAAGCCUCCAGUCCACUAGUCCUGGAGGAGGCAUCGGCCAGCCAGGCGAGCAGUAAGAAGGACAACCGAGUCGACCAAUCAGGGAAGAACCGCAGCUACGACAUCCGCAUCGAGAACUUUGACGUUUCGUUUGGAGAAAGGUGUCUGCUGCAGGGGGCGGAGCUUUCUCUGGCGUCGGGCCGGCGGUACGGCCUGAUCGGCCGUAACGGUCUGGGGAAGACGACGCUGCUGAAGAUGCUGGCCAGUCGAAACCUUCGCGUGCCGGGACACAUCUCCAUCCUGCACGUGGAACAGGAAGUAGCCGGAGACGAUACGGCGGCGCUGCAGAGCGUCCUGCAGAGCGACACGCAGCGAGAGGAGCUGCUGCACGAGGAGAAGACGCUGAACGCUCGCAUCGCCAACGGAACUGCUGACGGGAUGGAGAGCGUCCGGCUGUCGGAGAUCUACGUCAAACUGGAGGAGAUCGAAGCCGACAAAGCCCCGGCCCGAGCCUCCGUCAUCCUGGCCGGUCUCGGGUUUUCUCCCAAAAUGCAGCAGCAAACCACCAAGGAGUUCUCCGGAGGAUGGAGGAUGAGGUUGGCGCUGGCGAGGGCUCUGUUCGCUCGACAGUACAUACAGGUUUUCAUCGACAGAUUUCGGUACAACGCUAACAGAGCAGCUCAGGUCCAGAGUAAACUCAAACUGCUGGAGAGGCUACCUGAGCUGAAGCCCAUUGAAAAAGAAACUGAGGUCACUUUAAGGUUUCCAGAUAACUUUGAGAAGCUGUCGCCUCCCAUCCUGCAGCUGGAUGAAGUCGAGUUUUACUACAGUCCAGACCAGCGGCUCUUCUCUGGACUCAACCUGUCAGCUGACCUUGAGUCUCGGAUCUGCAUCGUCGGUGAAAACGGCGCCGGUAAAACCACCGUCCUCAAACUGCUGAUGGGCGAGUUGACGCCAGUGGGCGGAGUCAGACAAGCUCACAGGAACUUGAAGAUCGGUUACUUCAGUCAGCACCACGUCGAUCAGCUGGACCUGAACGUUUGCUCUGUGGAGCUGCUGCUCAACAAGUUCCCUGGUCGGACUGAGGAGGAGUAUCGCCACCAGCUGGGCGGUUACGGUAUCACUGGAGAGCUGGCCACGAGGCCGGUGGCCAGUCUGUCGGGAGGACAGAAGAGCCGCGUGGCCUUCGCACAGAUGACCAUGCCAUGUCCAAACUUCUACAUCCUGGACGAGCCGACCAACCACCUGGACAUGGAGACCAUCGAGGCUCUGGCUAAAGCCCUCAACAAGUUCAGAGGCGGAGUCAUCCUAGUUUCCCACGACGAGCGUCUGAUCCGGUUGGUGUGUAAGGAGCUGUGGGUUUGUGAAAACGGGAAAGUCGGGCGCAUCGACGGCGGCUUCGACGAGUACCGAGACAUCCUGCACGAGCAGUUCAGGAAGGAGGGUUACCUGUGAGGCCCCGCCCACCUUCUGACUGACCACACCCACCAGUAACAUCCCCCCCUGCCCCCCUCUCCAUAAUAAUCCCUGUCGCAGCAGCCAAUCAGCUGUCAGAGCGGACUGGAGGACGUUUUCUUCUCUGAACUGUCUCACCUGCUGCUCAGGUGAUCUGCUGCGAGCUGAUUGGUUGUUGUUAGUCACCUGGUGAGGUCACGGUGAACUCUGGAGGAGGAGUCAUGAAUCAUGAACGACUCAGAGUUAAUUUAAGCCGCCGUCAGUUUUGUCAUCUCAUCACAGCCGAUUCUGUUUUAUAUCAUCAGACUUUUAUUGAGUUUUAAAGGAGCAGACAUCAAACAUUAUAUUUACAUCCAGAGAAAAACAAAUAAAUAAAAACAUCAGAUCGUG